AUGGAUGCAAAGAACCCUAUUGAUUUUGAGUGUGGUCUGCCAGAGAUCCUGUUUGGGGAUGACAACUACCUGUACCUGUUUGUGGGUGAUGGAGGGGCGGCAGGAGACCCAGAAAACCGGUCCCAGAACAGGUCUCUACUUCUCGGGAAGGUGUUGAGGAUAGAUGUAGACCGUCAACCUCGCUGGAGUCCUUAUGGUAUCCCGCCAGACAAUCCAUUCGUGGAUCAGGAUGAAAUCCGACCGGAAAUAUAUGCCUACGGGGUCAGGAAUAUGUGGAGGUGCGGAAAAGAUCGGGGUGACUCGGUCACUGGUGAAGGCAAAGGGCGAAUAGUGUGUGGUGAUGUGGGACAGUCAGCUUUUGAGGAGCUGGAUCUGUUAAAGAAAGGAGCCAACUAUGGCUGGAAUGCCCUGGAAGGAAUGUCCUGCUUCAGGACCGAACUUUGUGACACGAUAGGGCCAGUGGAGGACCCUAUCCAUAAUUACCCUCAUUCCAUGGGCAAGUCAGUGACUGGUGGCCACUUCUAUCGCGGGUGUAACAGUCCAAACCUGAAUGGCUUCUACAUCUACGGGGACUUUAUGUCCGGUAAGCUGUGGCGACUGAUGGAGAAUCGUAUCACACAGGAGUGGGAAAACGUCGAGCUGCAAAUGUGUACCUCAAGUAUGUGUCGCCCUCCACUACAGUCAACCUACGAGACUAGCAUCAUAUCAUUUGGCGAGGAUGAGGAUGGUGAAGUAUACAUGGUGUCCACUUCCAAAGCCAGCUCUGCUUUACCCUACGGUAAAGUCUACCGUAUAGUGGAUCCUGCAAGGAGAGGCAACCCUGACAACUGUAGAUCUGCACGCCAUGGGAUGUACGACACUCAUCGUGUGAACACGACCCUGUACAGACAUGGAACCAGAACCUCAUCUAGAAUAAACCCGUCCCAAACAGGAAGGAGAUCUCGAACAUCACAAUCAAGAUCAAGAUCAAGGUCACGUUCAAGAUCAAGUUCAAGGUCAGGGUCACGUUCAAGAUCAAGGUCAAGAUACCAAAACAGAUCAAGAACACAAUCUAGACGGAGGCCACAACCUCCAAACCAAUCAAAAACAACAGAAACCCCCAUAAUGUCAACAACACAAAGAACUUCCAGGCCAACUCAUUCAAGGCCAGCAGUAUUACCAAGAAGAACAACAGAAACACCUGAAAGGUCAAGGUCAAGGACACAGACACCUCCUAGGUCAAGAACAGAAUUAUCUUCAACAAAAGGAUCAACAUCACAAAGAAAUCAGUCUAGAUAUACAUCUCCCUCCCAGUCAGCGCCGAGUCAAAUGGCUGAAGAUGUCGUGCAGAUUCAAGCCUCACAUGGACUACCACGAAGAUACACAUAUCAGUCAAGAAAAAAUAUCUCAAGUUCAUCCAGGAGGUCACAGGCCCAACAGCGGUCUAAAAAUAGAAGUAUCUCGAGGUCAUCUGGGAGGUCACAGCCACAACACCAGUCAAAAAAUAGAAGAAAUCACAAGUCCAACAUUGCCAUCAUUUCGCAUGAGAGGUUUUCUAUAGAAUCUCGUACAAUUUUUCGUAAGUUAUGUAAAUCAAGAAGAGGAAAUGCUUUUUGCCUGAAGUAUGGAUUUUAUUAAAUUAAAUAAUUGUAGAUUUGGACUGACUACGAGCUUCAGACCCACUAUUAUAGCUCCCGUUCAAUAGGACAGGGACCUUAGCUCUGAGCAAGUGUCAUCAUCCCUAGACAUGUUACUGAGGUCACCACAUCAACACAUAAUUAUAUAGUGAUUUAUAGAGUAAUGCCAUUUAACAUUAAAGGUCAUCAUUCUAGCCAUAAAUAGGACAGUGGAUAUUUUGUCACAUCAGCAGGGUGUUGAGCAGUACAACCAGCUGGAGAUUUUCAGGCAACAGCUUCUAAGCUACAUUCUACGAUAUUCAGAAUAGAUGUUUCUUAAAUGGAAUUUAUGUCUUUAAAUGAACAUAAAGGAGUGAUUGUACAGUAUAUGAUAAACGACUAUUACUAAUGUCAGAUUUCUCUACAGCUUUCCACUACUAGUUUAUCACUAUGCUACAGGGUUCAGAGAUGUGUGGUUAUCGAGUGAUUUUAAUAUGGUUGUAUGGUAGCAAUGCCAUGUUUGAAAAUGACAACAAUUAAAUGUUGUUUCAUGUUGUUUAUGAAUGUUUACAUUAUAUAAAUGGCAUGCAUUGUAUUUCUUACAUUUUAUAACAAUCAGUGAUAGACAAAUCAACUACAUUGCAGGGAUAAUCCUGGAGGGGGCCAUUGAUCCCUCAAACUGAAAUUGACCCAUCCAUGUUCCAAUUUUCUUUUAAUUCUACAUAGAUUGACCCCUCUUAAUUUUGAUACCGACUAAAAAUGGCUCAAAAUGGCUCGCUGCUCUCAAAUUCCAGGAUUAUUCCUGCAUUGCAUACCAUGCUAUUUACAUUGAACUAGGUUUUACUUAUUGUCAUAAGAGCUUUAAAACAUUUUAAUAGCAGUAAAUUAAACUCAUUUUAUUUUGAUAAAAAUAUAGUUAUAAGGGAAAACCAGAGAAUGUUUUGCAACUUACAUUACUUGUCUAUGUAACUGUUGCUGGCAUACUUUAUAUGUAUUCGGAUAUUUCUGCCUGAAAAGACAGUAAAGAUUUUUUUACU